UAAGCGAUUCACAGCUGCAGGAGAAGGCUCUGGAACUGGCGCAGAUGUACAAUAUUCGCAAUGAGUUUCAAGCUUCUAACGGAUGGAUAUCAAAAUUCAAAAAUCGUCACCAGGUUCGUAGCGGCGAUAGUUCAGGUGCGGAACUUUCUCUCCAGCAGGUUACUUCACAUUCCACGCCAAUUGCUGGGGCUUCAGUUUUGUCGCCCGAACAUUCGAAUUUCAGUAACACAGUGAACAUACCUCCCACAUCUAAUUAUACAUCGCCUCCGUCAAUAACUUCCGCACAAAACAGAACAAAUGGGGCAAACACACUCACUAUUGGAACUACUGCUAGCUCUCAUUAUCUUUCAUAUGGAGCCACAACUUCGGCUUCGAUGGGACCUCCUUACGCUCCCUCUGGGAUGUAUCCCACACAGUCCGUGCCCAUAGUGCAUUCAAUUCAUUUGGACAAUGCAGCUUUUCUGUUUUGCGAUUAUCAGAACGACGUAAUUGGAAUGAUUCAGACGGGUAAUACUCUGAAUCAAUUUUUAACGCGCUCAAGAAGUCUCUUCAAUGCUGUUCAUUUGGCACGACAAAAGAAGAACGUUAGCUGUUUCUCCAUUGGCCUUUCUUUUCGACCUGGUUACCCCGAACUUUCUCCACACCUAAACAGUCGUUAUUUAGAACAGUUUAAAACCACAGGAAGACUUAUAGAAGGAACUAAAGGUGCAGAAUUUAUCGAUGGAAUGAUUCCGAGAGAGAGUGACAUAGUAAUCAAGAGGCGUCGAGCGGAUGCCUUUUACAACACCGACCUUCAAAUGAUCCUCGAAUCACGUAAUAUUCGUCAUAUCAUUCUAUCUGGUAUUGCCACGAGCGAUGUGAUUCUCCCCACCAUUCUAACUGCUUUUAACAAAGAUAUGACUAUCACUGUCGUGAGUGAUUGUUGUUUCGAUGUAAAUGAAUCAGUCCAAAAGAUGUUAACCGAUGAAUUCUUCCCUAAACAAGAUGUUACGGUGGUUCGUUUAGAUGACAUUCUAAAAGGAUUAUAA